AUGACGACUUUGCUUAUCCGAAAAAAGAAACAACAACAACAGAGAAAUACCCAAAGCAGAUUGUUAUAUGUUCUCACGGCGUGGUGUUAUCAGCACCCGAUAGAUAAGUGUGUGUAGUUUUCGCCUCUAUCGGACUGUGCCACCAAUAUAAUACUGCAAACACUUGCAGUCGUGAAGGGGCAGAGGGGAGCUGGGGCCCAAUCCCCCAUGCGGCAGUCCAUGUCAGUCUUCUGCAGAAGUUUCAUCGGCUCGGGCCAGCCAGUCCGUUCUGUUCAUUUCGUUUACAACGCUUACGUUACGUUCAGUUUCCGCCAACAAAAUAAUGGAAUGAUCUCGCCCAUAAACUAGUACAUGUCGUGCCUUAAACCUUCUCCGGCUCUGUGGCUAACAACCAAAUAAAAGAAUAAGAGCAAGAAACUAUACUUACUCGCGUUUCUAUAGAGUGUAUAGAGUAUAAAAAGAAAAGAGCGGCGUACGGAAUUACUUACCUGUUAAUGUACAUUAGAUAACACGGACAGUGUGUGCCUAUGUGGAGCAUUGUGGUGGGGCGUGCUUAUCAUUAUUCCAGUGUCAGUGGAGCACCAGAGAACCAGAGUGUGUGGCGUCCGACAGUUUAUACAUACGUGCGUGUGUUUUUUGUUGUGUGUGCAAGUUAGUUAAUGCUUCCUGCCAGCUACCCCCACUCCCACACCCAGAGUCAUACCCACUCUAGCCGCUGUUGCUGCUGCUACUGCUACUGAUACUCCAUCCAAAGAAUCAGAUCUCAGAGUCAUGUAUCCGUAUUAUGAGCAGGAUUGGAGCGUGCUGCCACCGGAAAACAAUCGCAGAUUCAAUCCAGCCUUCAAUAUGGCCACCAUACGGCAGGCAUUUACAGAGGCGGUCGAGAGAGUCAGAAUGCCCACGCCCACACGCCUGCGCGAUCUCAUCCGGCAGAUACGCGCCGCCCGCACUGCCGCCGAGGAGCGUGCCGUUGUCAACAAAGAGUGCGCCUACAUACGGAGCACAUUCCGGGAGGAGGAUUCUGUCUGGCGCUGUCGCAACAUUGCCAAGCUGCUGUACAUACACAUGCUCGGCUAUCCGGCUCACUUUGGACAACUGGAGUGCCUUAAGCUGACGGCCAGCACGCGAUUUACAGACAAGCGGAUCGGCUAUCUAGGGGCCAUGCUGCUGCUGGAUGAGCGGCAAGAUGUACACUUGCUGAUCACGAACUGUCUGAAGAAUGACUUGAACAGCUCGACACAGUUUGUGGUCGGCCUGGCGCUGUGCACUUUGGGUGCGAUUGCCUCGCCAGAGAUGGCACGAGAUUUGGCCAGCGAAGUGGAGCGUCUGAUGAAAUCCCCGAAUACGUACAUCAGAAAGAAGGCAACGCUGUGCGCCUUUCGUGUGAUUCGUCGCGUGCCCGAGCUGAUGGAGAUAUUCCUGCCGGCGACGCGUUCACUGCUCAGCGAAAAGAAUCAUGGCAUUUUGAUCACUGGCGUAACGCUCAUUACGGAAAUGUGCGAGAACAGCUCGGACACGCUGAUGCACUUCAAGAAGGAUAGCGGAAAUCGAGAGAUUGUGCCGAAUUUAGUGCGCAUACUGAAGAAUCUGAUACUGGGCGGCUAUUCGCCGGAGCACGAUGUGAGCGGUGUGAGUGAUCCCUUCCUGCAGGUGAAGAUAUUGCGCUUGCUGCGCAUACUCGGCCACAAUGAUCCGGAUGCUUCGGAGGCGAUGAACGAUAUACUGGCACAGGUGGCGACCAAUACGGAGACGAGCAAAAAUGUCGGCAACACCAUACUCUACGAGACAGUGCUGUCCAUCAUGGAUAUUCGCUCGGAGGGUGGCCUGCGUGUCUUGGCUGUGAAUAUACUGGGACGAUUCCUACUCAAUUCGGACAAGAACAUUCGCUAUGUGGCACUGAAUACGCUGCUGCGCACCGUCCAUGCGGACACAUCGGCUGUGCAGCGGCAUCGCACCACCAUACUGGAGUGCCUCAAGGAUCCGGAUGUCUCGAUUCGUCGUCGGGCAAUGGAACUAUCGUUCGCCCUGAUCAAUGCACAAAAUAUACGUACAAUGACCAAGGAGCUGUUGCUGUUCCUCGAGAAGGCCGAUGCCGAGUUCAAGGCCCAGUGCAGUUCUGGCAUGAUAUUGGCCGCCGAACGCUAUUCGCCCAAUACGCGCUGGCAUUUGGACACACAGCUGAGUGUCCUGAUUGCCGCCGGCAAUUAUGUGCGCGACGAUGUGGUAUCCUCUACCAUACAGCUGGUGUCCAGCAGCCCUGUGUCCGAGCAAACAUACAUCACGAAUCGGUUCUGGGAGUCGCUGCAGGUGGCAAACCAUUGCGAAGAUAAGCAGCCAUUGUUGCAGGUUGCCGUCUGGGCCAUAGGCGAGUACGGGGAUCUCUUCAUGUAUGGCUCAAAUGAGGAUGAGUUUGAACGUCCCUCUGAGAGCGAUCUGAUCGCCAUGUAUCAUAAGUUUUUAACCUCUGCUCAAGUCUCGACCACAAGCAAGCAAUAUGCCCUGGUCUCCCUAGCCAAGCUAAGCACGCGUCUGCAGCAAUGUGUGGAGGAAGUCCAAGCUCUCAUCACGUCCUUUGGCAGCCAUCUGAAUGUGGAUCUGCAGCAGCGAGGCGUCGAAUUCACGCAACUCUUUGGCCAUUAUAAGCAUCUGCGUCCGGCGCUGCUCGAAAAGAUGCCGGCCAUGCAGAUCAGUCGCAUAAGCUCGCAGAAUGGCGAAAGUGGCGGCUCCUUUGAUGACAAUAGUCCAGAUGUCAUCGAGAAUGGUGUGGAGGGAGGCGGCGGCAAUGUCGGUGUCGGAGUCGGACAUUCACUUAUCGAAAGCAAUAUGAAUAUGCUGGGCGACAAUACGAACAUUCUGCUGGAUCUAUUGGGCAGCACAGAUCUGUCGGCGGGAGCCAGUGACCUGGUGACGGCCACCGAUCUGUCGAAUGCCGUGCAUAAAAAGAACUCGCGGAAUGCCAACGAUGUUGGCGUGGCCGUGUCCAAUAAUCAGGAUCUGUUGGAUUUACUGGACCUGGAUAUGACGGCGCCUGCGGCUGUCACAGCGACGGCGCCCGGUGUGGGCGGCAUCAUGCUGGAUCAGCACCAUUCCAGUGCAACCAAUAUGAAUAACAUGCUGGGCGGCCUGGAUCUGGGUGGCUUUGGGGGUCUCGAUGGCUCUGGCAGCAUACCCACCAAUGGCAAUGAUCUGGUGGCCAGCAUGCUGGGCGGCCUGGCUGGUACUGUUUCCGCCGCCGUCGCAGCACCACCACCAGCAGCAGCAGUAGCAGCAGCAGCAGCAGCGGAUGGCAACAGCAGCAAUCUGCUGGGUGAUCUGAAUCCCACAGCAGCCUCCAACAAUGUUACAGUGCCACCGCAGGGACCCAAGCUGACGGCGCUGGAUAAGAACGGUCUGUUGGUGCAACUGGUGCCGGUUACGGGCAAUGAUUGCAUGAGGAUCUAUAUGACGACCACAAAUGGCUCAGACAAUACAUUAGAGCAAUAUUUGCUAAAGGCGGCCGUUCAAAAGAGUUUCCAGCUGCAAAUGCUGACGCCCUCGGGUAACCUGCUGCCGCCUGGCGGUGUUAUCACGCAGGAGAUGCGCGUAGUGGCCACAUCAAAUGCGGUAUUGCGUAUGCGUUUGCGUAUUCAGUACGCGCUCGAUGGCCAGCAGCUGGUGGAGCAGACGGAGGUCAGUGGCUUUCCAGAGCAGCAGCCAGGACAAGCAGAAUAAAAGAGUGUAACUUGUAUUAAAGCAAAAUUAGCCUAAUAUAUCUAAAAAAAAAAAAAAAAAACAAAAAACAAAAAACAUAAGAAAAGAAAAAACUCAAAAAAGGAUAAGGAACAUCAGUAACCGAAAACAACAAAAACAACAACAACAACCAGCUGCAGCAGAAAGAGCUGGAAACGGGAGGAAAAAUGAGCAACAAUUCUAAAAGCUAACAAACACAAACACACACUGUGGUUGUCACACAUUUAUUGUAAAUUAAGUUAACACACACAAUCGCAACUAGAAUUCGGAUUGGCGGCUGGCGGCUGGCAGCGCUGCCAGACUGUCUUUUGUCUCCUCCAGUCAGCGCUCAAGCAAAAAACGGGCCCCACUUCGUAUUUGUUUUUUUCUAAUUUAUUUAUAUAUAUAUACUGUACUCUACAUAGAUAUCCUGUCAGAUUACGGCAACACACACAGAUUCUUUGUCCAUUAUAUUGUCCUAUAUCUUUAUGUUGCAUUUUUUGCAUUUUGUAUCCGUGUGUAAUUCGUUUUUUGUGUGUGUGUGUGUAAAAGACAACUUUCAGUUUUAAUUUAUAAGACAAUAAAAGUCAAAACCUUAUAAAUAGCCCCCCAAAAACUAACCUAAACUGGCAACUAAACAGAAACUGUAUUAAAAAGCAUAAAACAGACAACAACAACAAACAACAAACACACCGUAUCGUAUGCGAAAUUGUUUAGCAAAAAGGCAUUUAAGGGAAAAGCUUAGCAUUUGAAACGAAUCGAAAAAUGGAAAAGAAAUGAACAGCAAUGGAUGGCCGGCCAUUUGAUAAAAGAUCCAUAGAAGCACACUCUGUUUGUUAAUUCUAUUUGUAAUGCAAUUUGUGCCCCACAAAUGGUUUUUAGUUGGUUUUUUUGUUUGUUUUUUUUUUUUUUGGAUAGAUCAAUGUCGGAAAGGAACAGCGAAAGAUCAGGUUCUGGCAGGGAAAGAGCUCCAGCUACAGCUACAG